CAUUCUCCACUGAUUUGAGCUCGUUCAAUCAGAUUUUUGGAUAUUUGGAUUCUCCUUAAGCAGGCAAAUCCAUACCAGACUUCAUCUUGCAGAAUUUGGAAGAGAAUUUUGAAGAAUCGAAGGUCAAUGCCGUGUCUCCCAUUGUUCAUUCGCGAUUUUGUCAUUCUGAUUCACAUUGAUCCAGACAUUUUUGAUGGCUAUACUUCCGAGAUUCUAAGCGAUUUGAGGGACUCUUUCAAGAUUACAAAUUGCAAUUUAUGGCUAUGGUUUUGGUAUAUGUACUUGGCCUGUACUUUUGAUGAUCUGCCGUUGGAGUUGCUUGCCCUUUAUGAAGCUCUUCAAGCACUGGUUUUAAAGCAACUAAGAGAAUCUUACUAUCACAAAGACACCAUCAUGAGUUACAGCACCUCAAACACGAGGAGUUUGUUGUCUCGAACUUGGAUUGUGAUUUGCUUUGAUGUCAAGAGAGGGGAAAAUGGACUCUCGAGCCUUACAUGCUCUUUGGAGGAGGUAUAAACCGGCUAAUAAUGGGGCGUUAACCACAACAACUAGUGGCCAAACCCCCAAAAGAGCUAGGAGAAGACAGUUGAGGGUGGUCAAACUGGAGCUACUGCCAUGCCACUAGCAACAGGUAAUAAACAAAAGAAGAAAAAGAAGGCUUUGAAAGGUGAUGAAUCUGUUGUGGAUGGUUAUGGUGAUCCUGCCAUGCCAAAGCCAGGAGGCCAAGCAACCAGCAGUGUAAGGACUAAGAGGGGUAAUGAUGUUGUUCUCUCUUCCACAAAGGCAAAGGGUCAAGCUUAACUCAUUAGGGAGAGUAAAACCAUGGCUAAAAACCAAGCUCUUUGUAAUUGGCACUCUUACCUUGAAGAUUUGGUCUUUAUUCUUUAAUUUGAGUAAUUUUAGAAUAUGGAGUUUCAUUCUUUGUAUUUUGUUUAUUUUCUACUUCGGAUUGAAGAAAUUCAAUGUACUCUU